AACACCAAAGGAGAGAAGCAGGAGAAAAGGUGCAGUGCCAGGGUCUAGUCUAAUGAAAGGACAACCUGACCUUCUUAAUGGUGAUGGCAGAAACUAUUCCUUCCUCCACUGCCCUAAACCAGAUAACUGGUAUCCACCAAAUAACUUGCAAAUUACCACUUUUCUAAUAACAGGACUGAGAGAGCAACAUAGACUUCCUUAAAAAAAUGUAUAAAUAAAACAAAUAACCUUAAUCUAAUCAGAACUAAACAAAUUACUGAGGAAAAACAUUUUAUUCUUGAUAGAAAUUAAAAAAAAUUUUUUUUAAUGUUUUUAUUUAUUUUUGAGACAGAGAGAGACAGAGCAUGAGCAGGGGAGGGGAAGACAGAGAGGGAGACACAGAAUCUGAAGCAGGCUUGAACUGUGAGAUCAUGACCUGAACUGAGGUUGGACACCUCACCGACUCCAAGGUGCCCCCAACCUCAUCUAUUUGUUUUUUUCCCCUAGGUUGUCUCCUCUCGAACUGACCCUUUGAGCUUUCUUUCUUGCCAUCCUCUUCACCAGGUCCUGUAUCCUCAUGACCAGGUUAAUUCAUAGCCAAAUUCUACAGUAGACAUAACUAGUUUAUUACACGUUCUUUGCCUACCAAGCCUUGGGCAUGCCCUCAAAAUGCUUCUGAGUACAAUAUUUCAGGGAGCCAAUUAGAGCUACCACUAAAGAUGAUACCUCAUUGUCAUAUCUGUUCUAUCAGACUAUUUUCCCUUCAGGCUUUAUUUGUUUUGAAGGUUGAAAAGGAAAUAAAGGUAGAAUAGCAAGUAAAAGUGUUUUCUAAUAUCCAACGGACACUCUUCUGCCCUUCUCUUACUCCUCUUUUAGAGAGCUUUUUUUAUCUCCUAUCCUUGUUUCUCUCUCUGUGCUGUUUCUUAUUCUCUCUACCUAAUUAGUUUACACUGGGAAAUUAACACAUGUAUAUUGAGCAUAUGGAUUAGAUUUUGGGAAAUCAGUAUAUUCGUAUUGAGCAUAUAAACUAGAUUUUGAAUUUUGAUUGAGUAGUGGAUAUAAAGGUCAUUUCUUUCUUUCUGAAUAGUCUCACUACUUCAGUCAGUCUCUUGAGGUAAUUUCUUCUCUUUUGUAAUUACAUUUGGCAUAAUGGUAUGGUAGACAUUUUUUUCUGUCCUUAUAUUAGAUUUUUUUUGUAAAAAAUUACGUGUCACCAAAUCUCUGGAAGGUGUUUUGAAUGCCUUCUUCCUGGAACUAAGCAAUGGUCACCUGUUGCUAAAAAGGAUAGGAAUUUGAGAAAGGACAGGAUAGAAAUGCUGGCAGGGAAACAAGUAUUAAUUACUCUAGUUUUGUUCCUGGCUUAAUAUCAACUAGAAAGUUCAAAAAUAUUAAUAUUUUAAAAAGACAGGAGAAAGUGGACCAUCCUUAAGUGUGCCACCUAUAUCCGUACUAAAAAAACUAUAAGCAUUGUAUUUGUUCUUCACAAUCACUCUGUUCAGUGAAGGUAUUAGCUUCGUCUACUUAUGAAGACACUGAAGGUUGUAAAAUAAAUAAUUUACCCAAGGGCAAACAGCUAGUAAGUGGUAGAGUUGGGAUUCCACCCCAGCUCUCUCUGACUUCAAAUCUUAUACUCCUUCCAACCUAACCAUAGAAGAGGAGAAAAUUUUAGCGGAUUUUACCUUUUUUCCAUAAUGGACUUUAUAUUGUAGCCUUUUAAAUUUGGGCAGUAAUUACAUACAGACAUAUUUCAAAGUCUUACACAUGAUUUGCGCCACUGGCACCAUGACUAAAAUGAUAGGCUUCUGAGACAAAUAGUUUUCUGAGCCUCUGAGGCAGUGUAGCCCAGGGAUGAAAGACAGUGGUUGAGUCUGGUGUCAAAUCCAGGCUGCAUGAAUCUUGUAUAGGUUUCUUAGAUCAACAUACAGAGUUGUUUUGAGAAUUAAAACACAUAGAAUAUGUAGCACCAUGCCUGACAAAUUGUAAGCACUAAAAAGGAAUAAUAUAUGCAAUAUUGUUAUAUCUUCACUCUAUUAUGUUAAAUAUCUAGCUUCUCCCUGAGAUUCUGAGAAUUUUCGCUAAGUUAACCCAGAAAUUGUGCGCUACUCUAAUGAUAUAUCACACCUCCUAUGUUGUUAUCGGUGGAGAAGUAACAAAUAUCACCUCUACUCUUCAUAUUUUCAUGUUUUGGUUAAAUAUUAUAUAAUAACUACUAUUUGAAACAUCCUAUACUGUUUGAGUGUCUCCUGGUCAGGAAAAUUUGCCUCACCACAGGUUUUAAAUUAUUUCUAGAAAGAUGCCAAAAAAUGUGUUUGGGCAGAGGAUUCUUGAAAUAAUAGUAGAAACUGAACACCAGUAGAAUUUACUGGUGUCUCUGUUUUAACCUUCUAUUGAAUGAAAGUGCAGAAUCCAUAUUUAGUAAUUAAAACAUUUACUGUCUCCUUUUCUUUUUCAGAAGAUGAAUAAUCUUUCAUUCAGUGAGUUAUGUUGCCUCUUCUGCUGUCCACCUUGCCCUGGAAAAAUUGCUUCAAAGUUAGCAUUUUUGCCACCUGAUCCAACAUAUACACUGAUGUGUGAUGAAAGUGGAAGCCGCUGGACUUUACACCUAUCAGAACGAGCAGACUGGCAGUACUCUUCUAGGGAAAAAGAUGCUAUUGAGUGUUUCAUGACUAGAACCAGUAAAGGCAACAGAAUUGCCUGCAUGUUUGUGCGCUGUUCACCCAAUGCCAAGUACACUUUACUCUUCUCACAUGGAAAUGCUGUUGAUCUUGGUCAGAUGAGCAGCUUUUACAUAGGACUGGGAUCACGGAUUAAUUGUAAUAUAUUCUCAUAUGAUUAUUCUGGAUAUGGCGCAAGUUCUGGGAAACCAACGGAGAAGAACCUCUAUGCAGAUAUAGAAGCUGCUUGGCUUGCUCUUAGGACAAGAUAUGGCAUUCGCCCUGAAAAUGUGAUUAUAUAUGGCCAAAGUAUAGGGACAGUACCAUCUGUGGAUCUUGCUGCUCGGUAUGAGAGUGCUGCUGUUAUUCUUCAUUCUCCUUUGACCUCGGGAAUGCGAGUCGCUUUUCCUGAUACCAAGAAGACCUACUGUUUUGAUGCAUUCCCAAACAUUGACAAAAUCUCUAAGAUAACCUCCCCAGUAUUAAUAAUUCAUGGGACUGAAGAUGAAGUCAUUGACUUUUCACAUGGCCUCGCAUUGUUCGAGCGUUGCCAAAGACCUGUGGAGCCUCUGUGGGUUGAAGGGGCAGGUCACAAUGAUGUGGAACUUUAUGGGCAGUACCUCGAAAGGUUGAAACAGUUUGUGUCACAGGAACUGGUAAAUUUGUAAAAUAUUCUGUAAAUUUGCAUACUGGGUUUUCUUUCCUUGCUGAACUGCACUCUUUGGUAAAUAACAUAAAACCUGAAGGUUUUGUUUGCAAAUCAUGUCAGUUGCCUUCAUAAUUGUACAGGUAAUGAUUUGUUAACAGACUUAAUGAAGGUUUUAAUUACCAGAACUAGAAACUGGAAAUAACAGUAUCAUGCAGUCAAGCUGUGUAAUUUAUAUUUUUUCUGUGAAUUUUUUUUUAAACAUCAAAAUGAGUACUGUAUGAAAUUUUAAUUCUAUAAAAUCAAAUGCUGUAAAAGUAUUGCCAAAUGCUUUUGCAUAUCAGAAACAGAUUUAUAAAUAUUUUUAAAACAUCUCAAUGUACUAAAUCUUAUCCAGGUAUACAAAUGUAAUAUUCUUUCAAUAAAAAGCUGUAUAUCUAAAACAAUUCAAGUACUCAUAAUAGAAUAAACUGUAUGAAAAUGUGCAAGUUCACUAGAGAUGACCUAAGCCCUGUUGUACAGGGAUAAAGGUUUAAACACUUAUUUUACUGUAAAAUACAUUGAAUUUUCUGUAUUCUCUGGUUAUCAUACAUUUUCUCCUUAAAAAACAAAUGAUGUAAGUCUUAAUUUUUAUGCCAUCUAUUAAUUUACCAACUAGUUACCUUGUAAAUGAGAAGUCAUGAUAGCACUGAAUUUUAACUAGUUCUGAUUUGUAGGUUUGGUACUAUGAGGCAACUACUUAAAAUUCUCAUUUUUGUUUUUUAAAAGGCAUUUAGAGCUUCAAGAAUGAUUUUGUAUGCAAUGUUGUUUUAAAUUUUGACUAAUCUCAUAGAAUUGCUGUACUCUCCGUUAUAAGAAAACCUGAGAGUCCGUUCGUUAGAUGUUCUUCAAGACCACAAACAGGCUGGCUAUUUGGUCAUUUUUCACUUUGGCUAUUUUUAAUAGGACCUGUUGUUUUAGAUUACUAUCUGAGAAUUUCAUGGAUUCACUCCUGAUACAGGAGAUAAGAGAACAUUUAAUUCAUAACUUUUAUAUUAACCAAUGUAGUAAAAAACAAAGCUCACACACAAAAACUAAGUUGCCUUUCCUUGAAUGAAUCCUGCCUGAAUAAAACAAUGAAAGAAAAAUAAAAAUAAAAUUAAUGGUAUGUAGUCUAAUUUGUAAAUGAAUGAAUAUUGAAAUAAUACACACUGUGGAUAUAUUUUAAGGCCUUAUGUAGUUUUAAUUGUUCUGCUUGUUCUGUGGUUAUGUCUAAGACUAUAGUAUAUGAUUCUCUUCAAAGUAUAUCAAGUAUUGUGAAUGCUUUGGUUCAGAUGUGUCAAAUUAACAGUAAAACAACAAAUAUAAUACCA